AUGCCUAUAGCUCCGUGGAAUCAACGCAGCCAAGAAAAGAAAAUCCCAACCCCAUUUUCUGAGCAGUUAAACACUCUUGAGAAAAUUCGGAGUUUAGAGAGAAAAUCAGAAGCAUGUCGUGGCAAGCCUAUGUUGAUGACCACCUUCUCUGUGAGAUCGAAGGUAAUCACCUCACUCACGCCGCCAUCAUCGGUCAGGAUGGCAGUGUUUGGGCUAAGAGCGGCAGUUUCCCUCAGUUCAAGUCGGAAGAAAUAGUGGGGAUCAUGAAUGACUUGAAUGAGCCAGGAACACUUGCUCCUACUGGAUUAUACAUUGGUGGUACUAAAUAUAUGGUCAUCCAAGGUGAACCCGGCUCUGUCAUUAGAGGCAAGAAGGGUCCUGGUGGUGCUACGGUCAAGAAGACCGGUUUGGCCUUGGUCAUUGGCAUUUAUGAUGAACCCAUGACUCCAGGUCAAUGCAACAUGAUAGUUGAAAGGCUUGGUGAUUAUCUCAUUGAACAGGGUCUCUGAUCCCCUCUUUAUGACUUGUUAUGGUGCAUAUUUCAUUGGCUUCUGUACAAGGUUUUUUGCAUCGACCUCGACUGGAAUGCUUUGAUUGCAGUUUAAUAAUCUUGUGGGUGUCAAAAGUCACGGGAUCUGCGUGUUGUGAAGAAAGUGUUUGAUGCUUGAGAAAUGAUGACUAUAAUCUCCUAUGGUUGUACUUUUUUAGUGGGUACCUGUAUACAUUACAGUGGUUUUAAAAUUUUAAUGCUAUGGUAUAAUGGUUGGCAUAUUUAUGAAAAAGUUGCGGAUUCUUGUCUA